AUCCUCUACUUCAGCACAAGCAAGGGCGAGAGCACUGCGAUAAAUCUACAAAUUCAAGUCAAAAGUUCAAUAAUUCAAGGUUCUGAAAAUGUAUACAGUCCAACAAAAUCCAACAGUAAAUGUUUUCAAAGUUGACCAAAGAAACUACGUCGAAGAAGCAGUGCUAGGAAGAGGCGCUUUUGGAACAGUGUACAAAGUGAAAGAGAAUGGCAGAUUAGGGAGUGUUUAUGCGCUGAAAAAAAUCGAAGUUGAGAAUAACGAGGCAGUAAACGUGGUGAUAAAGGAGAUUCGUAUAUUGGCCAAGUGCAGACACGAUCAUAUUGUACGACUCUGCGGUCUCGAUACAACUGAGAUUUCCGGAUCAACUUUUGUUCUGAUUUUGAUGGAGUACUGUAAAGGCGGAAAUCUCAACAAUCGUCUAGCAAGACCAAGUGAAAGCGGUACUAACCUACGAUGGAUGAAAGAGUUGGCCGAUGCUAUGUGUUAUCUGCACUCCAAUAACAUCGUUCAUCGAGAUCUGAAGCCAGAAAACGUACUACUGACGGCUCAAGAUUCCAUCAAGUUGGGGGACUUUGGUCUCGCCAGAGAGUAUGCAGCUCUCAAACAAGACGAUGCUAAACGAUCAGACAAAGCCCUUGUGUCCUAUAUGACUACGUACAUGGACACAGUCGCAGGAUCAUGUGCAUGGAUGGCACCCGAGGUGUUUGACGGACACUAUACGGAGAAAGCAGACAUCUUUUCGCUCGGUACGAUAUUCUACUCCAUUGUUGAGCGAAAGAGCCUGAUCGUCGGUGGCAAGAAAUACUUCGGAGCAUUUGUCAACACCCRUGGCCAAGAUAUCSGCCUUGGCAUGGCGAUGAAAAGUGAUUCUGAUAUCAUGGUGGCGCUGGAUGGAUUGCCACGCUCUACGAGGGAGCUGCUCCGUGAUAUGCUAGAUUGCAACCGCAGGGACAGACCCAAUGCGGAAGAAGUACUUGAAAAGGUGAAAUCAAUCCUCAGUAACAUCAGGCCCAAUGCAGAAGAAACCACUCAGCCGACAAGCUCAUGUUGCUCUUAAUGGAUUAUCCCUAUAUAAYAAAUUAGCACCACUUAUAAAAGAACUACAAAAGAACGCUCCUUGCAUGCUUCAUCUUAUAGACCGGUUUCAGCAAUUCCCAGCAGAGCUGUUCAACUCAGAGGAAUUUCAGUUCUCGUGACAGUAAGAUUCUAUUGUUUUGUCUUCUGGAUUGGACUGCAUUGGGAAUAURCUGCAAGGCCGGAGUCUAUAUACGAGUUGGCUAGCUACUACUUCGGAAUUUCUGUGAAUUCAUCUUAUUGGCUAUACAUAUUUAAGCUCAGUUCAGUUUUUUGCACUAUGUAUCACAAAAGUAGUCUUACACCAAACUUUUAAAACGACUUUUUAGAUAAUGUUUUUCAGAAUCAGAAGAAUGUUGUUAACUAAAGAAUAGAAUCAAUAGAAUAUAGAAAUCUUGGACUAAAGCUGGUAAAUAAAUAAAAACCAUUGGUGGUUAUCCAAUCAAA